CCAGGACUCUUGGCAAGGCACCGAAAGCGGCUGCUUCCCCCUGGCCAGAUGAGCAAGGCCAGCGGGCAGAGGAGGCAGCCCCAAAUGAAGGCCCAGCUUCUCCUUGGAAGCAGCCCUGCAACCUGUGGGCAUCUGGGCAUGGUGUUCAGCCUGGGAUGCUCCACGGGCAAGCAGUGCCUGAGGAAGCCCAAUGACCCGGUCACCAACAUCUGCCAAGCAGCAGACAAGCAGUUGUUCACCCUGGUGGAGUGGGCCAAGCGGAUUCCCCAUUUCUCGGAGCUCCCCCUGGACGACCAGGUGAUCCUCCUCCGAGCCGGUUGGAACGAGUUGCUCAUCGCCUCUUUCUCCCACCGAUCCAUUGCCGUCAAAGACGGGAUCCUCCUGGCCACAGGCCUCCACGUCCACAGGAACAGUGCCCACAGCGCGGGAGUCGGGGCCAUCUUUGACAGGGUACUGACCGAACUUGUGUCGAAGAUGCGGGACAUGCAGAUGGACAAGACGGAGUUGGGGUGUCUGAGAGCGAUCGUCCUCUUCAACCCAGACUCCAAGGGCCUUUCCAACCCUGCUGAGGUCGAGGCACUGCGGGAAAAGGUCUACGCCUCGCUGGAGGCCUACUGCAAACAUAAGUACCCUGAGCAGCCCGGGAGGUGAGUGAGUCUCUUCUCACU